AUGACAUCAGCCUUGUCGUAUAACAGAGCAACUCGGAAUGCUCAUUGGGUUUCCGAGUAUCUGACAAGGGAUACUUUUAUAGAUUCUUCAAAUGAUGAAAAUAAGGAAUCUGAUGGUCCUGAUCGUAACAAAUCUAAAUUCAAAGAGGAAAAGGCAGUUCCUGAGCAGUUUCGUUCCAAGCUCAGCGACUAUGCUGGAUCUGGAUUUGAUAGAGGACAUUUGGCACCUGCAGCAGAUGUCAAGGAAUCUCAAAAUGCGAUUGAUGAAACAUUUAUAUUGUCUAAUAUUUCACCUCAAGUAGCCAAAGGAUUUAAUCGAGGAUAUUGGGCACAAGUUGAACGAUUUGUGAGAUCGUUAACCAAGACAUUUGAUCAAGUGGUUGUUACUACAGGACCAUUAUUCUUGCCUACUCAAGAUGAGGAUGGAAAAUAUUGGUGCCUACACACUUUUUCAAAGGCAACAACAGUCAAGAAUCAGACAUUUGCACAAGCAUUUGUGCUUCCCAAUCAAGUUAUUCAAGAUUCUCCUCCACUUACAGAUUAUAUUGUUCCAGUUGAAUACAUUGAAAGAAUGUCAGGAUUGCUGUUAUAUCCAAACUUACAAAUCAAGACACUUCCUCCAUUGUGUGAGCGAGUCACUUGCGUUGUCAAGGCAUUUAAAGAAGUCUUGAAAAAUAAGAAAUAA